AUGACGCCACAAGAACUGCUGCACAGCCCACAGGCUCGGCACCUGUGUCCCUACGCACGUGAAGAGAUGUUCCAUCAUUCUCUAGUUUAUUUCAUUGGUACUGGAAGUCAGAAGAAGCAAGCUGAUCCGGACAUCUAUCUAGUAGUGCGCAGUGACCACCUGGCGUAUCGAUAUGAAGUCGUGGAUGCCCUAGGCAAUGGAUCUUUCGGUCAGGUGUUGAACUGUCGAGAUCACCGAACUGGUGAAUCUGUCGCGAUCAAGCUAAUUCGAAAUAAGAAACGCUUCCAUCACCAGGAUUUGGUAUACGGUUUUUUUUUUGGAAUAGGACCAAAAGGAGAAAACCACGUCGUCAAGAUGACAGAGCAUUUCUACUUCUGCAGCCACUUGUGCAUCGCAAUGGAGCUGCUGAGCAUUAACUUGUACGAGUUGAUCAAGGCGAACAGACUUAUGACCAUGUCAUCGUACUUGAUGUGGGAUCAUAAUCAUAGAAUCGUUCGCUGCGGCCUUGAGCCCGAGUUAACGCCAUCCUUCUCAAAGGAUGUUCUGCUCAAACACCCGCCGAAGAGCGCGAUCAAGGUGAUCGACUUUGGCAGUACUUGCUUCGAGCACGAGAAGAUUUAUACGUACACCCAAAGUCAGUGCUACCCUUCACUGGAGGUCAUCCUCGGCAUCAACUACCAUGUGGCCAUCGACAUGUGGAACCCAGGGUGCAUCCUCGCCGAAUUGUACACGGGAUUCCCGAUCUUCCCUGGCGAGAACGAGCAGGAACAAUUAUCUUGUAUGAUGGAGGUUCUUGGUCCUCCAAAUCAAGAAGUCAUUGACCGCAACCCACCGAAGAGGCUCCUUUUCGAUAACAGUGGAGCACCACGAUCCGUGGUCAACUUCAAGGGUCAGAGAAGAGGACCUGAACGGCGCAUGAAACCACAAGCAGCACUUCCGUAUAGUGUCUUGAAAACCGGACGACGGUCCAAGGUCACCAGUCCCUCGCCCACGACCACCACGGCGCUACUGCCAUCAUCCAGCCUUUCUGAAUCACGGACGUCGAAGGUUACGGAGACUCCGAAGAAAUCGCAGAUUAGCGCACUGACACCUUUGACUGUUCGCUCCAGUCGCACUGUCGUCACAGACGGUGUCAAUGCCACCCCCGUCCGUGCAACCUCUAUGGGUCCGUUAUCACGGCCCUACCGUUCCUCGCGACAUUCAUUUUGCCGGACACUAGGUGGGUUCGCCGUGGCAACUGCUAAAUGA